AUGCCGCACAUUGUCGCAAUUGCAGGAUUUCCAGAUGUAAAGUCUCCAAGCAAUCAUUCUCGUAGUGAUUGUUUAGUCGCAUUGGUAUUUUCUUGUAAAGAUUAUACCGAAAAAUUUGUUAC